AUGCGUUUUACAAUUUUAACAUCAGUCGCUUUAUAUGCAACAACAAUUUCUGCAGCCACUACUGUUCUUGUUGGUUUUACAACAACUGUUAUAAAUGAUACUCCAGGAGCAGCAGGAGCAAAUACUGCAAUUCCAACAGUUACCAUUGGUACUGCCCCAAAUGAAGGUACACCAGCAGGUGAUACAACUAUUACAAAUACUUUAGAAACAACUGUUACUCAACCUCCAGCUGGUGAACAGACUCCGACUGAAGCUACACCAGGAACUGAACAUCCUACUGAACAUACUGGUGGACAAAUCCACACAGUACAAGUCAAUGCCACAGAAACUCAACAUGAAACUGGUCAUGAGACUGGAACUACAAUUGAAACGGGUCAGAAUGCUACAGAAACUGGAGCUGCUCAUCAUACUGAAACUGAAACUGGCACAGGUGAAACAGGUACUGAAACAGGAACUGCAAUUGCGACUGGAAAUGCAACUGAAACUGGAGCUGGUCCAACAGGUGCAGGUAAUGCUACUGGUAUUGCAACUAGAACAACUACUGCAGUUGCAGAGGCUGCAAAUUUAAUUGCUGGAGCUUCUUUAGCUUAUUUUGCUGCUAUUUUAUUCUUUUAA